UGAGCUUUCACAGUUAUCGCGAGAUUUCUCUUAAAAACAAUAAUUACAGUAUUUAUAAAAAAACGGCAAUGAUCAAAUCAAUUUUGAUAUUCAAUAAUCAUGGAAAACCACGUCUUAUUAGGUUUUACCAGUUCUUUCCUGAGGACAUGCAGCAGCAAAUAAUCAGAGAAACGUUCCAUCUGGUGUCUAAAAGGGAUGACAACAUCUGUAACUUCUUGGAAGGAGGAAGUUUAAUCGGAGGAUCUGACUACAAGCUGAUCUACAGACACUACGCCACCCUGUACUUCGUGUUCUGUGUGGACUCCUGUGAAAGCGAGCUGGGGAUUCUCGACCUCAUACAGGUUUUUGUGGAAACUCUCGAUAAAUGCUUUGAAAAUGUCUGUGAGCUGGAUCUGAUAUUCCACAUGGAUAAGGUGCACUACAUUCUCCAGCAGGUGGUGAUGGGUGGUAUGGUGCUGGAGACCAACAUGAAUGAGAUUGUGGCUCAGGUAGAGAAUCAGAACCGGCUGGAGAAAUCAGAGGGUGGUCUGUCUGCUGCUCCGGCCCGCGCGGUCUCUGCCGUGAAGAACAUGAACCUCCCUGAAAUCCCUCGCAACAUCAACAUCGGAGACAUCAACAUCAAAGUGCCCAACCUCUCGCCCUUCGUCUAAUCCAGCGCUGCCAAGGAGACCUGCAGCACUCGGCCAUACAGAGCUGUACCAGGAGGGAUCACAUGCUACUGACUCCACAUCUCAAAGGUUUAGUGGGGUGCUAGUAAAAGAGACAGAGCUGGGCUCUAGUGACUCUUUGGUAGGGUAAGGAAUGGAGAUCUCUUUAUAGACAGGAAAGCCACAAACAGUGAAACCUCCAGGUUUUCAUGACCCCAUUGUUUUAUAUGUUAAAAGCAUGCUUUGAUGCAAAUCUGGUGAUACCGAUAUACUCAUUUCAAUGUACUCUGGUGAGAAUUGUGCUCCAAUUAACUCCUUGAUGUUUCAGUACAGUACAGUUUCUCCUUACAUUGUAUUCAGUGGCUUUUGGGGGGUGCCUUUUCUUUAAAGAUUGGUAGAUUUUCUGGCCCCUUUUUUGUUCCUCCUACCCAGCGCUCUGUACAGCUGUAUGUAUUGUUUGGUUUGGUUUUAUCGUUCUGAUGACCUCUUGGAAGUAAUGCCUGGUACAGAGUUCUGAGUCAGUUCAAUGAGAUCUGCUCCCUUUGUGCUCCGUCCUCUCUUUGUCCGGCAAAACAAAAUGUACUGCAUAUGAAAAGUGAUGCUUGUGAGGCUGAAUUUAAAAAAUAAUCAUAUAUAGGGGUAGCUGAGCAUUGUAUCAGAUGUGGUGCGGAAAUGGGUAUUACAGGGCUUCAAUCCAUCCGCUUGAAUGGAGAAAUCUAACCGCGCUUUAUAUUUGCUUCAUUAAUUUUGUUCUCAAACUGCUGUUCUUGUAUUGUUCCUAAGCUACUGUACAAUAAAAAUCCCCAGUUCAAAUGA